AUGUCUGCAUUCUCGAGUAGCAGUCCGCAACCUAUUGCCCAGGGGAGGUCAGAGGGCCGUCGUCAUUCGAUCCUCUCCGAAUUCCUCCCCGAGAGCUUACCGUUGCCCCAGUCCUUCCUCGCGACGUCGCCCGUUGUCCGCGAGAUCCUAACCAGAGACAUCGCCGAGUGUUCUUCAGAAGACGAGCUAGGAUCGCCAUCAACCCCUGCUUCUUCAACGGUCGAACGAGAGUCCGAAUCCGACCGCCAACAUCAUCAUGUGCCCGACGCAAAGCUCGCAUUCCACCCCAACGGUGUCGCGUAUGGAUGCGGCUACUCCACCGUUCCGAUCCAGGGCCUGGACAAGCCGGUGCCGAAUCCGCGCGAGGUUGAAGAGUCGGUCCAGGCAGAGCUUUCACUGCUGCGCGACAACGCGAUCAUCCCCCCGCCGCACCCCCGACCAAGGUCAACCAGCCUGGGAGCACGGCUCUACAGACACGCCUUCAGCACUAACGUCAAGGACCACGAAGAAUCCGUUUUUCCCGGCGCCGCAACCGAGACGACCCCGCUGCUGCCCGAAGCAGCCGAGGAGCCCCUGCCGACCCCUCCGCCAGACGAGAUCUGCGAGCAGUUCGAGGAAGCCGUGGCUGCGCAGGUCAUCAAGACGACGUGGCAGCGCGAGGCGGCCACGCUCAUCCAGUACUCGAUCCCGCUGAUCGUGACAUUCCUGCUGCACUACUCGGUGACCAUCGGCAGCGUGCUUGCCGUGGGACGCCUUGGCAUGGUCGAGCUCGCGGCCGUCAAUCUGGCUACCAUGACCGCCAGCAUCACAUGCUACGUGCCGGUUCAGGGCCUAGCGACCUGCCUAGAUACGCUCUGUGCCCAGGCCUGGGGCUCUGGCAGGAAACAUCUCGUAGGGCUGCAAGCCCAGCGCAUGACGUGGAUGCUGUGGGCUUUGAUGGUUCCGGUCGCCGUGCUCUGGUGGUUCUCUGAGCCGGUCCUUGCCGUCCUCGUUCCAAGGAAAGAGGCGGCCGCGCUCGCCGCCCUCUUUCUGCGUGUUCACAUCCUCGGCAUGCCAGGGGUUGCGGCGCUCGAGAGCGGCAAGAGGUUCGUGCAGUCGCAGGGCCUCUUCCAGGUGACGACCUACGCCUUGCUCAUCGGGGCGCCCGCGUCUUUCCUGAUGAACUUUCUCUUCGUCUUCUGGCUCGGCUGGGGUUUUGCUGGCGCGGCUGCGGCUAUGGCGAUCACGCAAAACCUACUGCCAUUGCUGCUGGUGAUGUACGUGUGGCUGAUUGACGGUUCUCAAUGUUGGAACGGCCUUAGCCGCAAAGCCUUCAGGAACUGGGGCCCGAUGACCAAGUUGGCAUUACCAGGCAUGAUCAUGAUCGAGGCGCAAUUCUCGGUUCUGGAGAUAUUGACCAUCGCCGCGGGCCGCCUCGGCACCACCCAGCUGGCCGCCCAGUCCGUCGUUGUCUGUCUAACGUCGAUCUCGUUCAAUGUGCCCUUCCCGCUGGCCAUCGCAACGUCUACUCGCGUUGCGAACCUAAUCGGGGCGCAUCUGAGUGAUGCUGCCAGAACUACAGCAAAAGUUGCCAUCGCUGCUGCCGUCAUGGUGGGAUCUGGGAACCUGCUGAUAUUCGCCACGCUUCGCAAGCACCUACCGUGCGCCUUCACAGGUGACGAUGCGGUUGCGCAGAUAGCGUCGCGGGUCAUUCUUGUCUGUGCCGUGAUGCAGAUCUUCGAUGCCCUGGCCGCUGUCUCUCACGGUAUCCUGCGCGGCAUUGGCUGCCAGGCUAUCGGAGGCUACGCAAACUUGUUCUCGUACUACUUGGUGGCCUUGCCCAUCUCGCUGUCGACGGCCUUCGCCCUGGACUGGCAGCUCAGCGGUCUCUGGACAGGGGUGACAGUUGGGUUGGCUGUAGUCUCGGUCAUUGAGCUCAGCUAUCUGUACCGGGCUGAUUGGGAGUCAGCUGCGAUUCAGGCGCAGCAGAGGUUGGCCUCGGAAGACGUCACGGUGGAGGUGAAGUUCAAGGCCCCUUCAGACGGGAACCUCGGGUCUUGA